AUGGACGACCAUUCAACAGAAAGUACAACAAUCUACGCAUCCUCCUCCCAAGAUUCAUACUCUAAUGAAGUAUGGGUAUUGACGAAAACUCCUGGUCUCGAGAAACACCCCACCAACACGGUAACCCCGGAGACGCAGGGCCCUCAACUACAGAAUGCGGAAAACCAACUGGCAACUGGUGAAAAUGCGAACCCCACCAAUGAAAAUAAAUCUUCAACUUCAGAGCCAACCACAGACAACCAAGCAAACUCUGCACACACUGCGCCAAUGGAUCAGCAACCCUCGGGAACUUCAUACCAAAAUAUUCGUAGAGGCGACCACUCUCCCUCUACGGACAAGGGAAAUCUUGAAGAAUCGAUCGAUACUCCGCCCGCGAUAGAAGUAAACAAGUACACUAAAGGGGAAUUCGAACCCAUCCCCGGCAUCGAUCUAGGGUUAGAAAAUAUCCUUAAUGCAACAUCAUACGAGGGGAACGACCUACGAUCGGAGAAUGAUCGCCUAUACUACGACACAAUGAUGCUCCGUGCGCAUAAAACAAACGUCGACCAAGAGCCCCCAAGUUCCGAGGUCAAGUCUAAGAAGCCUAAGCAACCUAACGCCGCGUUAUUUCCAUUAAGAAUCGGUCCUCUGCAUCAUCCAGAACUUCCUGGACCUGAAGCGUACAUCCCUAUAGGGAUACCCUCUGAGAAUAUUCGUCGGCCUAUGUUAACCGUAUUCGCUUUACGAGAUGAAGUCAAGGGAAUAUUUCAAAGGCGAAAGGACUGGGGGCCUCUCGAAUCGGAUGAACCAGGCGGAGGAUCGAUGGCAUCAGUAGUCAAGACCCUAUGGGAGAACCUGGACAAAUACCAGGAGAACACGAUGCUAAGGAGUGCGAAGAGCCAGGCUCCUCAACUUCCAGAGCCAUUGUUAGCAAUAAGUCAUCCGCAACCAGCUGCUCAGCAGGUUCACAUAAUCGAUCCUUCUCCAGACCAACAAAUUCAUCGGGAUCUAAAUACCGAAGCCAAUGAAGUGAAUCUAUUACGAAGGGGGAAGAGAAACAGGAAGCAAAAAAGUAGGGAAGGCAACCAAAUAACGCCUAUUCCGAACCAUGUGAACAAUACCGAGCUGCCUACAAAUAGGCUGACAUCAUCGACUGUGCAAGGAGAUCUAAAGCUGGUCAAUAACGAUAAACAACUGCGUGCAAUAGCAGCGCUAGUAAAGGGGAUAGAACGGUCCCGACCUAGUUGUGACCAGACCGACGAUGGCACCGCGGAAGAAUUGGACCCAACCAAUAAUCCUGAAGCACCAAAAAGCGAAAAUGCUGCCAGUUCUGCUCUUGUCCUCUCGGAUUUCCCUACGAAAGCAACCACGCUAUUAAAGAGGACCCUUAGGAACAAAAUGAUAGAGUCGGGAGAGUUGGCCGUCGAUAAAGCAGUCAAUGUUACAACAAGGGAAAAGACCGAAGUCAAUGGACCCGAAAGCCCGCCUAGAGUCAACGAAACCCAUGAUAAAAUUUCGGUCCCAGUUACUUGCAUCGCAGAUGAAGCUGAGAGUUCUGCAGUGGGCAAUGAGGCAAAGGCAAGCGUCGAUGCUACCUCCAACGCGACGCCCCCGAUUAAUAAUGCCUCUUCUUAUAAUAUUGGAUCUCAGAAAACUCAACCUGCUGAUGAAUCAUCACCUAGCAAGACCGAUUCGGAGAUAGCCAACCGAUCGAUUAAUCCCGAGUUCAAGACUGAUUUUAACGAAUCAAUCCAGAAAACAGAAGCUACAGGUGAAACGACCACAUUAGCGACAAGCGUAGGCAGCGAACGAAAGCCAGACCCGAAGGCCAAAGCCAGAGAGGAGGCCGAAAGGGACGCAGAAAUCAGAAAGCAGAAAAAUAGAGAGAGAAAUGCAAAGAGGAGAGAAAGGGAAAAGAAGAAGGCCGCCGAAGAAUAUGAAACCAGAAAGAAGGCGGCGGAUGCCAAGCAGAAGCUCAAGGAGACUAGAAAGAGGGAACAGGAAAAAGCGGAACAAAAUAAAGCAGAGCAGAAGAGGAUAGAUCUCGAGCAAAGGGAGGCCGAGCGGAAGAAGAGAGCAGAGGAAGCUCAAAAAGAGAAAGAAAAGCUCGAGCGGAAGGAAAGAGUGGUAGCUGAGAAGAAAAGAACACUGGAGGAUGCUAGUCGGACCAACACACUCAGAGUCGAAGCCAGCCCGAACGAUGGAAACCAACCGCCCCAAGCCGAGAAGCCCAUAACCCAUUUUACAAAGAGCCAUGAGGCCCAGAAGAGAAACGACGGCGGAAAAGGCCUCCUUAGCCAUACAAAGGUGACCUUUGCGGGUUCUCAGCGAUCCGAAGAAUCAUCUUCAGUCCAGGAAGUAGUCAAGGAUCCGGUGACUUCGGAGAGUACGGCGGAGGAAAUCUCUAUUUUGGAACGAAACGACAAGGCAGAGGGACAGGCCGCCGAGAAUGUGCCCAGAAAACAGAACCAACAGGAAGGGCAUGUAGUUGAAAGCCAGAGCUCAAACCCCCAGGAAGACGAAAACAUCGAACGCGCGCCCGAUGCUGAAGUUCAACGGCCUGAGCCGCUAGAUUCGUCCCAUAAGCACACAGAAAAUAUUCUCGGAGAGCCAUGGUCGGAGAAUUAUCCCCCCAAACAAACGGGGUCGCAAUCUGUUCAUCUCGAUGGCGCCAAGCUUUGGCGUUCCCCCGAACAGACCGAGUCUACUAAACUCUUUAAGGAGUUACAGAAUCCUGACAAACCUAUACUAGGAGAAGAGGACUAUGAGGAGCCUAGUUCGCCGAGUACGGAAGGAGUGCAGGGGGAAAAUAUUACCCAAGAGCAGCCUGAUACUUCAUCGCUGGCAACUACUCAAGCAGUACCUCAGCCCGGACUUUCUACUCCCUCGUCGUUCCAGACUCAAAUGGACCAGUUUGAGCCAGCAGAUUCACAACUAGAUUGUGGCUCGACAACUUCACCGAAUGAUUCUCCUCAGACAACCGAGACGAAACAUGGGGAGAGCGAAGGGCUGGCCGAUAAUGUAGAGCGCCAACAGCCUCUACGUACGCAACAGCCGCAACAGGUUCGGGGUAGGCGGUUCCAAAGACCUUCCCAGUCAAGAUUUGACACGCAGCAGAAUCGCUAUCCGCGUGGGCCAACUCCAGGAACACGGUCCGCACCACCAAGGUUUUCGCCAACCGCUAGGGACCGGAAUCAACGUAGGGCGGGGACAUCGGGGUACCAGGCGUAUUACCCAACUCAUCACCCAAUCCGGACAGAUCUAUACGCAACAAACCUUAGCCAAGAUCGGUGGUCAACGAGUUAUACUUCGCCUCAACCGUAUCCAGCUGCCCAGGCCCAUUGGCAACAUUGGGGCGAUGCAUACAGUCCUACACAUGGAAGUGUAGAUCAAUAUUUCACUGCGCAGCAUCCUAAUCUGAACUUGGCACCAACAUAUCUUUACCCCCAAAGCUUUACUCCCGCGCCAACAGUGUGGUAUCCUCAGCCCUCAGGCCAAAACAUACCAGGCCAACAAGGCCAAGAUAAUUGGCGACAUGAGUUGGAAAGCCGAAUUGCUGCACUGGAAGCCAUUAUUAGAGAACAGACUGAAAGUCGUGGAUCAGGAAGUGAAGUCUCGCAAAACUACGAUGCGAGAUUGGAUCAGAUUUCGGGCCGUUUAGAUGACCUCCGUCGAGACAUGACGUCUUUAGGGAACUGCAUGAGGGAAAUCCCUGAUAUACUGAGUGCUCUGGUUCAGUUAUUGCAGGAUAGGAAUCGCAAUACAAGAUCGGGACGAGGGAAUUAA